AUGAAAGGUAAUAAUGAUUUUCGAACAACUCAUUGGAAUCCAUCGACAGAUCAAUUGUCUCCAUUGUUCAUAAAACGAUUAAACUUUGGAGACACAAUAGGAGUAAAUCAACAACUACUGAGCACAAAUACCAAUACCUUAUUAAAUGUCAAAACUGAUCCUGACGAGAUCUCAUCUUUGGAAUCACUGCUAAGUGGUGUCGUCAAGAUCUUUUGCACUUCAAUUCCAUGCAACUUCUAUUUACCAUGGGAAGACACACAAAUUUAUGUCUCUUGA